AUGCCUCGUCAGUUGUCUGAAGUUGAAAAGGCUCAAAUUGUAUCAAGAAUCGAAGAAGGAUGGUCAAUCCGUGCUGUAGCGCAGUUGUAUAAUAGAAAUAAAAAAACCAUAUUGAAAAUUAAGCAACGCUGGGAACAGGAAGAUUCCCUAAAGAGGAAAAUUGGUUCAGGUCGUCCCAAACUUACCAACCCUGAACAGGAUGCUGCUUUUUUGGGAUAUUUAAGAAAUAAUCCAUUUGCAACUGUAAGGGAUGCUGUUAUUGAUACAGCAUUUCCUGCCUCCCAACCUACCGCCAGCAGGAGAAAUGGAAAUAUACCCCGAAAUUAUAAGAGGACAAGUAAUCGGCAAUCAUGGAGUCAAGAAGAGAUGAAAAAAGCUAUUGAAGCUGUUAAAGAGAAAAAGUGGGUUGGCUUCUGGCUUCUAAGACCUUCAAAGUGCCACAAGCUACACUAAAGUGGAAUGGUUUGCAGCAAAAUAAAACAGUUGCACCUGCAGCAAAAGGUUUAGGCCGAUUUCAGCUAACAUUUCCUCUUGAAAUUGAGAGGCAAUUGGUUGAGCACAUUAAGCUACUUGAAACUCGUAUGUCUGGAUUAGCGCGUACAAUAGUCCAAGAACUCGCUUUCGAAUUGGCUGAAAAGAAUGGCUUUUCACACAGUUUUAAUAAAGAUAAGGGUAAAGCUGGCCAGGAGUAGCUAGAUGGAUUUUUAAACCGCCAUAAAGACAUAUCUUUACGAAAACUGGAGCCUACCUCCGCAGCUAGAGCCCAAGCUUUUAAUAGACCUCAAGUAAGAAAGUUUUUCGAUAACUAUCAAGAAUACAUAGACAAACACAAAUUAAACGCAAACCGGAUCUACAAUGUGGACGAAUCGGGG